ACAUUGUGAAACACAAUGGAAAUUCUUGACAGUAUAGAUAAAAAAGGUUCCCGCCCUGGGAGGUAUCACUUGCUAUAAAGCUGUCACCUGCAGGCACUCUGUCAUCUCAGAGCACAGAACAGCAGAGCUGUCAUCUCAGAGCACAGAGCAGCUUCUUCCAAGCAGGAACCCCAAUACAGUAUUUGGUGUAGAAGCAACUCUGAAUAAAUAUAUAUUUUGGGCUGGACAUUACAGUUCUCGUCCUUUUUGUGAGGUCUCCAUAAUGGACGGGUUUCCUGCUGUGUUCUACAGCGAGCCGGCGGUGCUGGGACUACUUGCCAAUGCUGUCAGUGCUUUCCUCGUUUGUAUGCAAAACUUUUCUCUCUUCAACACCUCAGUUGCCAUUGGCGGAGUGGAAAAUAUCCUUGCAGGUGUCCAUCUGAUAUUGAUUGGCGGUAUCACCCAGCUCAUUGCCGGAUUCCUGUCUUUCAGAAAGUAUGACCAUCUAGGUGGCACAGCCUUCAUAGCCUUCUCUGCAUUGUGGAGCAGCUAUGGUGCUACUCGUAUCAUUGUUGGUACAGAAUCAAACACCCAGAACAGUUCCGUAGUGCCAACCUUUCCCCCGAUCCCAGUGCAAGAGAGUGCAGUGGCUGGGCUCGUCUCGUACAUCAUAAUUGCAUUUAUUCUGGCUUUCUGCUCAGCAACAGUCAACUACAUCAUGCCUUUUGUGUUUGGGGCGCUCACGCUAACGCUCAUUUUCGAGGCGGUGGGCUUGUUCGGCCGGUGGGCCUUGGUGGUCUCUGGUGUGCUUGAACUUAUCAUAGUGUUGUUCGGACUUUAUGGAGCUGCCGCCCUACUGCUCAAAGGCAUCACCCAGAGAUAUGUGCUUCCGGGCUUCGGCAAUGCCCUCUUUAACGUCCUACUUCUUGGAUCUGCCAACCGGAAAACUUCUAAGACUGCAGGAGAAGAGAAAAAGAAAAAUACAAAGUAUGCGGAGCCAAUGGCCCUGGGCAACCUCUGCGACACCGUCUGUCCUUUCAUCAUGGCGUUCUACUGCUUCGGUUAUAUGAAGACUUUUUACGUAGGUGCCAUCUGGAUCAGCAUCAAUGUCCUGUCUCAGCUGCUUUCCAGUUACUACAGUUAUCUGAGGGACGACGUCUACAAUGCCACAAAGUUUGCCUUCCACUCUAUCUUCUGGCUGGUCAAGUCGUGGGAAGAGUUUACCGCCACGGUUGUCCUCACCUCUACAAAGGUCUCAGAGAGCAGACAGCUCAUGGUUGGUGACUGGUUCUUCCUGGCCUCAGCUUGCGUGUUCUGCUUUUUAUCCCUAAAUAAGGACACCCUUGAAGUUGCGCAUAAUGUUGCAUUCGCUCUCAUAACUGUGUCCACCAUCCAGCAAAUCCCGAGCCAAGCUUACUAUAUAUUCUUCGGAGUGACUUGCAGUUUGUUUACCGUGGUCUCCCUUUACACAACCUUUGCCAGCCUUGUGAAUUCCAUCGCGGAAAAAGUUCUGAUACCCAUUGGAAACAUAGUGAUAUCAAGUGCCACGCUCCAAAAAGUGCUGCUAUGGGGCAGGCGGUGUCUAACGAAGCCGGGACAGGAGCUAGCGGUCAAGGAAAAUAUCAGCUCUCUCUCUUCGGACCCUCUCUUCUACAUAUGUAAUGGUUUAGCCGCCCUCGCUGCUAUCCAGAGUUCUUUAAACUACUCAAUCCAAGCGCAUUUAUCAAUUCCCUGGGUCCUUAUACCUGGUGCUAUUAUACAACUAUACAUUUGCAGAAUCGACGUCCAAGGGGGUCGAAGAUUUGGCUCCGUUCUUCCAUUUUGUUAUUCUGCUGUCUGGGCAACCUGGGUGUGGCUACGGUUUGCAGGUCCUCUGCUAGGAAUUGCUUCAAACAAUGAUGCUGGGUUCACAGUAGGAGCGAUUUCUUUUCUGGUAGUCAACCUCUUCAUGAUUGCCUUUGCCGCUCAUGCCAACACUGUCCUACUACUUGUCAGUGUGAUGAUGGAGGCCGUGAUAGUGAGUUUUCUGCUCUACACGUUGGAGAAGCUUCCUCUUCAGUAUGAAAUAACCGUGCUCGCCAUAUUUAGCAUCAUCUGCAUUUAUGGCUUUUUGGCUUCUCUGGCAAACUGCUUGUUCAACAAAGAGCUCAUUCCAAUGGGACCUGCGGCAUUCAAGAAAGAACCAGAGAAGAAGGAGGAAGCUUCCAGUUCAUGCCUCCUGCCAAAUUCUCAUCGUACAAGUGGUUUGAGAACAAUAGCGAAUAUAUUAGAGGAUGGAGGAGUGUGUGGGAUUCCAACAGACACGGUCUAUGCGCUGGCGGCCUCUUGCAAACACCCGGAAGCCAUCAGUAGGAUUUACUCGAUCAAAGAAAGACCUUCAGAAAAACCUAUUUGCAUCUGCAUUUCCAACCUGGAUCAGCUGAGGGUCAUCAAUCCCCCUUUCAGCCCACUUCUAUGGAGGUUCAUGGACAUGGUAUACCCCGGAGGGAUAAGCUGCAUUGUAAAGAAAGGCGAAUGGCUCAAAAGAUUAGGUGUGGGACCCGCGUAUGAAUAUGUUGGGACACCGGACUCCAUCAUGAUUAGAGUUCCUGACCAUUCCGUCACAGCCCAUCUUGCCGAUAUGACGGGACCGUUGGCGAUCACCUCUGCCAACCCCAGUGGAGAAAGCGACAGCACUCAUCAUGAUCAUGUCAUAUCACGUUUAAGUGAAAAACUUGAUGCAGUUCUGUGUGAUGGUAAUUCUAAUGAGCUUGUGGGAUCAACUGUAGUCAUCUGUACCAAAAUAGAUGAAGGAUCAAUCACCAUAUUACGGGAAGGCUGUGUGCCAGCUGCUAAAAUAAUGCAGAUCUUCGAAACUGCUAAGAACAUGGAACACAGUGCGUUGUAGGAAUAACAAAAAGUCGAAAAAAGGACACAUGUUGAUAUGAAGUAAAUGCUACAAGAAGAAUGCAGGCGUUCUUAGUGCUAAUUUAUAACAUUGUAUUGUAUUUUAUCAUAUUUUAUUGUAUUUUAUUGUAUUUAUUGAUUAUUGUGAUGACACACGGGUGAUAUUGGCUUGUUAAAAUGGUUGCCUGUGCACCCCUGGAAUCGCUCCCUCUGUAGCCAGAUGCAGCGGAAUGUGCUUCUGUUGCUGACCCGAACGCUAGCGAUGGGGGCGACAUUUGACUGUCUACAGAGGGCGCAAUUCCAUUGGUACAAACUGGCAACCUGUAAUGCCACAUACACACGAUCGGAAAUUCCGACAAGAGAACCGUGGAUUUUUUUUCCGACU